GGACAUGACAUUAUCAAUCCUGUGUGCUGCUUUUUUGAUAGCCAUCAUGCCUGAUCUAGGCGGGUGUGCAUUUCACAUUGACUGCGUGGACCCCGCGAUAAUUGGGAGGCAAUCACAAAUGACGUGUCGCGGACGUUUUGGAACAGGAGUACACUGGUAUCGACCAGAUGGUAAACUAGUAAGAGAGUGCAACAAGAUCAAACAACGUUGUCCAAGAGUUGAUGGAUACAGCGGUCGUCCUCACGUAGGUGGUGAUUUAACAAGAGACACUUUGUUACUACAUUCCUUCGAUCAAAAGGUUGAUGGUGGUAACUGGACGUGCAGAGAUGGACGUGAUAGCAGAUCAUUUGCUACAUGUUGGCUAGGCCCUACAAAGGACAAGGAUACAUUGCACAUUGACUGCUUGGGCGUCACGGCAAUUGGGAUUCCGACAUCAAUAACGUGCCACGGAGGUUUUAGAUUAGGAGUACACUGGUAUCGACCAGAUGGUAAAAUAGUAAGAUCGUGUGACACGACCAAACUAAAUUGUUCAAAUGUUGGCCGAUACCACGGUAGACCUUCCUAUGGUGGUGGUAUAGCAAGCGACACUUUGAUACUAGAGUACUUCGAUCCAAAAGUUGAUGGUGGUGGCUGGACGUGCAGAGAUGGGCGUAAUGGCACACUAAGUGUUACAUGUCGGAAGACCGAUACAGCAGAAAAUCCAUGUGUAGAGGGCUUUUGGGGUCAGUCUUGCUCUAACAAAUGUGGUAACUGUAAAGGAUCUAAAUGUGAGAAAGAUACUGGAAAAUGUACGUGCAAGUCAGGAUGGGCUCCGCCAAAAUGUACAGCAUCUGAUUCUACAGCUGGUCUAACCACUACAGAAACCACGACAGACGGGAAACCGCCGACUUUCUGGAUUAUAAUUGCGAUAGUGGUUUUCUGCGUUCUGAGUCUGAUUGUAGCACUAUGUGUAUAUCUGGCACUGAGGCGAAAAAAACAGAAAAACGAAGAAAAUCCAGAGACGCCAUCCAAGAUAAUGGAAGACGAGCAACAAAAAACAAAAAAGAACAAAGAAUACCACACAAACAAACGCUACCAAAAACACCAACCACAUCAACACAAAGAACAUCAAACACACAAACAACACCAACAACACAACAAACAUCAAGAACGCAAAUAUCACCAACAACACAAAGAAUAUCAAGGACAGAAAGAUCAUCAAGACUACAAAUAACACCAACAAUACACAUAACAACAAGAACACAAAGAACCUCAAGAACACAAAGAUCAUCAAGAACACAAAAAAACCCACAAAGAACAUCAAGAACGCAAAGAACGUCAAGAACACAACGAACAUCAAGGACACAAAGAACACCAACAACACACAGAACAGAAACACCACAAAGAACCUCAAGAACACAAAGAUCAUCAAGAGCACAAAGAACACAAAGAACCUCA